GCACUGUUAAUAGCAGGUCAGUCAGUUUGUUUCCAGUCCAAUAUGGCAACCAGGUGGGGAAUCUGUAGCGCGGGGAAGAUCAGUCAUGACUUCACUGUGGCCCUGAAGACUCUUCCUCCUGAAGACCAUCAGGUUGUGGCUGUGGCAGCUCGCAAGUUGGAGGAUGCACAGGAAUUUGCCAAAAAGCAUAGCAUCUCCAGAGCAUACGGCAGCUAUGAGGAGCUGGCCAGAGAUCCAGACAUAGAUGUGGUGUAUGUUGGAGUUAUUCACCCCUACCAUCUGAGCACUUGUCUGCUCUUUACGAAUGCCAAGAAGAACGUGCUGUGUGAGAAGCCGCUGGCCAUGAACGCCAAGGAGGUGAAGGAGAUCCUGGCCUCUGCCAAGAGGAAUGAUGUCUUCCUCAUGGAGGCUGUCUGGACCCGAUUCUUCCCGGCCUCAGUGGAGAUCAGACGGCUGCUGGCCCAGGGGGAGUUCGGAGAGGUGAAGAUGGUAAGAUCGGAGUUUGGUGUGCCGGUGAUACACCUCCCGAGAUCGUCGCAGAAGGAGCUGGGCGGAGGAGUAAUGCUAGAUAUUGGCAUCUACUGCCUGCAGUUCAUUUGCAUGGUGUAUAAUGGAGAGAAGCCAGAGAGCAUUCAGGCCACAGGGGUCUGCCUGGAAUCAACAGGAGUGGAUGAGACUGUUGUUGUCACUCUGAAGUUCUCCAAGAACAGGAUGGCAGUGUUUACAUGCUCUUCUGGUUUACAGCUGCCCAAUGACGCCAUCAUUGUGGGCACAAAGGGCACCAUCAGGGUCCCUGAUCAUAUGUGGUGCCCCACAUCAUUAGUGGUGAAUGGGAAGGAGACCCAGUACCCGGUGCCUGAACCCAGUUUGCCUCUCAACUUCCUCAACAGUACAGGGAUGCGAUUUGAAGCAGAGGAGGUGCGACAGUGUUUGCUCAAAGGGCUGAAGGAGAGUGCCGUUAUCUGCCAUGCCGACUCUGUUCUGCUGGCUGAGGUGGAGGACGAGAUUCGCAGACAGGUGGGGGUGGUGUACAGCCAGGACUGCCAGGACUGACACAUGGACCAUUUGCCAUUGAUAAAAAAGAUUAUGAUGGAUAAUAAAAAGUGUUAGAUUAAUACACAAUGAGUGAAGAACAAGCCAGUUAACCUUUUGUGAGGAUUAAGAAAGUGAAACUUUGUCCUCUUGUUCUAAUUUGGAAAGCAAAGAUUAGCUUCAAUAUGAUUAAUGUGUUCUGGUAACAAUGCUUGAUAUAUUUUAAGCCCUUAAAUCCAUUAUAACCUAUUCACAACCUCACUGUAAAACACAAAAUUUCACCUGAUCCGUUCAUUUAAUAAAUUUACUGUAUAACUACUCACAAACUAAAACCAAUGAUUGUUCAUUGUAAAAUAAAUCAUUCACAAGGCAGAGUUAAGGUA